AUUCAACUUCAUGAAUUUGGGAAAUGACCACGCUUUAUCUGCUUAUAUAUAUAGCAUUUGUGUGAAGAGGGAGGGAGACUGAUGUUUCAGACCGAUAUCGGCGAUCCGUUCUACGAGCUCUGACUUCUUGAUAUUUUUUAGAUGUUCUGUGGCAUUUUGUCAUUGGUUUUGAUGUUAGAUAUACCUGUCCGCUCCUCAUGCUAAACCGUCAUCAGCUAGUACCAAAUAAUGUGUUCAAUAGCAGUUAAUUACUAGUAGAGCAUUAAUCUAUGCACAGUGUGGAAUGUAAUUUUAGACUGAAGACAAUCAACUGUUUGAUAAGAAUUGAUCAGUGAAUAGCUCACAAUUGAUCUUUAUAGUGGAUAAGAAGACUAUUUUUAUCAGAACUUUGCAUACAUUACACGUCUGACUGAAUGUGAUCCGGAGAAAGGAAAUCGUUUCCUUCAUUUUCGGUGUGAUUAUCGCAGAGACCAGACGUGUAUGCUUUUUUGGAUUUAUUUUUUUCACAUCAUGCUCAGAUACGGACAUGUGUCAUUUGACUAAGGGACCCAGAAACGACAUUGUACAUUGCCAAUAAAGCACCGGAGUUCUCUGCUACUGCAAAAUCAUAAUUAACAGUUUGAAUUAAUUGACUUUAUUCAGUUGAUAUCCAAAUCCAGAUUGUGCAACAUGAUGUCUGGUCAGGAAGUACAGCUGGUUGUUCUUCUCCUAUCCUGGAAUUUACUCGUCUCCGCACGAUAUACUGAAUAUCAGGGAUUUAUCACCCCUGAUCAGAGCUCCGGUUCACUCGGUGCUCUCAGCAGUCCUGGAUUUGGUGGGAAUGGACGAAAUGCUGCGAUCGUUGACAAUGGUUUACUCAAUCCAAAACAAAUGCAUUCAUCUUUGUCAUCAUUAUCUAGUUUUGAUAAUUUUAUGGAUAAAGUUCAGCAACUUCCUGAGAAAAUGCCACUCGUCGUACCUUCUAACGAUCCCAUGCCUUCUGUGGCGUAUCAUUCAGUGCCACUGGCUAAGAAAGACCCUACUCUACCAAUUGAGAACAUGCUUGAUGUUGAUAUCAUCCAGAAACAGACACCAAAUAAUUCUCCAUCUAGAAAAACAUCUAUGGCAGGUCAAAUAGAUGUCACUGAUCAAAAGAGAGCAUUCACCGUUGAUCAACCGACAGUGAAAAAAGCUGUUAACAGGCGAAAAACAAAUCCAGAUAGACACAGUAUCCCAUCUCCUCAACCAAACAAGGAUACUAGCAGAAAACAAACAAUACAGAAGAGUAAAAAGCCCAAAUCCAUUCGAUUCAUGAGUGGCAACGAAGUGUUUAGACCCGGUCAAAGGAAAGCUAUCUAUAAAUUUACUGGUACGUCUUUCACAAGAUCCCCUAGUCAGACGAAACGACCAACCCAAAAGACAAAGGUGCCUAAGUUUGAUACGCCACAAGAAUCAAAUAACCAGAAUAAAAUGACAAAACAAACAACGCUUGAUAGGAUCAUGUUUGGGGAUAUUUUUACCACGGAAUCUCCUGUAACCAUAUGGCGGCAGAGUGUUCAGCGAGGUCAUUCUGGAAGCACAAAAAGUAUUAGUGUACCUAUUGCAAGUCAUCUUCAAAACGAGUCGCCUACAACGCCUCCUCAAAAGAAGUACUCAUUUGUGAAUCCAACUAAAACUGCCGUCGUUGGCAGUCACAUUAUCACAGAAGAUAAUCCACCCUCGGAUAUUAUAGUAAACCAUCAUGAAACGUCAUUAUCUGAGAGGAAUAGAGCGUUAAGUAGAAGUAGAUAUAAUGAAGUAUAUCAAACACAGAAGUCCCCUACACAGCGCAAUCAACGGCAGCCAAUUAAAUCAUCAUCGUCAUUAUCUAAUAUGAAAUUAAAAAAAUCGAAUUCAAAUAAUGAGUCACAGCCAGUUGCUAAUCCUACGCAUGUUGUAUCAGAUCCAUAUGCAGUGGCAGACAUUAUUGUAAGCAGCAAUCAGCAAGGUGCACUUUACCAGAAUAGGGAUGCUAGUGCUAAAAAACAAGACACUAGGAAUCAUCUUCAGAAUGGCAAUAGACGAAAUGUCCAUGGGUCCAAUCGUAUGAAUAAUUUCAAUGUUGAAAACCGAAAAGAAAAACCUAUGAGGGAGGUUCUAGACUUCCAAAAUAGUGGACUAGGUUUGGGAUCACUUUCGAAUCCUCGAAAUGUAAAGUUAAACAGCCAGAAUUGGGUGAAUAAAAACAGAUUAACAACUACCCAUCAACAGAAAAAGUUGUCAGCAGCAGCUCAUAGAACACAUAAAAACAAGGAAUUGGUACAAAAGAAUACUUUAUUAGGUAACACAGAAUUCAUAGCAAGUCACGGGCAAACAGAAAUUCCUAAAAAGCAUGCUUCAAUCUCAGAACUCCACUCAUCCACACAACAAAGACCACCACAGGCCAACAAUCCUUCUCAGAAUCGUAUUGGAAGAAUACAUAGUACAUCUCAGAACACAAAUACAAAUGGAAAUCCAUCUCAUCAACAUGGGAAAUACCCAACUAACAAUCAAAAACUGUUCUCAAAGACGCAAAGCCAGCAACAAAGACGCAUGGAGAGACCGGUUACGGAUAAAAAACAAUCCUUGAAUGCGCAAACGAAUCACCAUUCUCACUGGCAAAGCAAAUCGCACCCUACCCAGUCGCACAGUAUAAAUCAACAAAAACAUCAAACUCAGAUCAGAAAUCGUGCCCGCGAGCCAGUUGUUCAACAACAGAAAAAGAAAACACCCAGAGUCCCAAACAAUUCGGUAGGCAGCUCGCUUUCAAACCCUGGGGUACAUGUAUCUAACAUUCAACGAAAAGUUAUCCAGUCUCAGACUGCUACAAAAAAUCAACAUAAGCAUUUGAAGGAACCCGUAAGGAAUCAAGACCAACUUCAGACACACUUUCGAAAACCAGAAGUAAACAAUGUUCCUUACACAAUCGUUGAUGUACCACCAUCCCCUGCAGAAUACUUUCAUAAAUCAGUUAGCCAUAUUCCGCGAUCUGAAAAUGUAAAAAGUGUCCACAAAAUACAAUCUGGAAACACCUUAUAUAGGGAUCAGAAUUCACACAAUCCCGGGGCACUCCGAGCUGAAUAUAACUUAAGAAAUGAUAUAGUGGAAACCAGACAUUACAAUCUCCUUGACGCGCUUCCACCUAGCAACUCUUUGAAUUCUGCAGCUAAUUAUAACAGACUUCCAGACCAAAGUGUUUUCCAGAUGGAAAAUGCGAAUUCCCUAUAUCCUAAACCUAAUCAGCAUCAACGUCAAAACAAACAGGUGGCUGCGACGAAAGGUCAACAGAAAAAUUACCAGCAUACGCAAAACAAUAUGAUCAACCCAGGGGCAGCGAAAAUAAAUCCACUAGAUGCUUCGGCGAUAGAUGCAUCAUUCAAUAUUCCAAAAGAAUUAAUGGGUAAUCCAAAUAUCCAAAUGUUGAAUAUCGAAAAUCCUGUGCAAAGUGGAUACUCAUUGGAUGGUAUCAAUAUUUUGGACAUUAAGCCCAUUAAAGGAUUGUCACCAGACAUUGUUCAGAUUUCGAAAGUGACGAACAAAAUACCCAUCAUAGAAAUUCCUAUUAACUACAAUUAUUAUGACACAACAACUAUUCCAGCUGUGCAACGAAAUACAAAUUUACAUACAGCUUCUUCCUUAGCAUCACAUGGUUACGCUUCAGAAACGGCAUUCACGAAAGCUCCAGAAAUGCUCCAAAGAACAACCAAACGAACAUGUUCCUAUGAAGCUAACCCUUUUAACAAAAACCAGUAUGCCAUGAGCCAUUCGGAAGCCUUGGCAGGAAGGUUUACGUCAAAAUGUCCUGCAGGGCUUGAUUUUCGUGCCGAUAGAUGUCGCUGUGAUUGGCCGGAAGCGCCUGUCAACUCAAACGGAAAAUCUUGCAAUUAUGUAGUAAAUCCGGGGAACCGGAAGCAGUAUGCCAAUAGCAUAGAAGACGCACGGGCGGGAAAGCUGUUUGACUGUCCAGCUAGUUUACACUUUAGUGAGACGAAAUGUCGCUGUGAUUGGCCUUGGCCGUGAUAGAAACUCUAAUGACACGAUACUCCCGGUGAUUAUGCCGACAUGGGAAGCGGUGGGGGCUGGCCGGCCAUGUGUAUGGCACUCGAUCUCAAAGCGUGGAUAUACAGACAUUUCCAGCGAACACAUGAAACAUACAGUGAUAUUGAGUGCUGUUGUGAUAACUUAUUCAUGUUAGCGUAAAUUGUGCACAUUAUGAAAACUAUUGAAUUUGUUGUGUAUAUAUUUAUGACUGUAUUUCAUAUGAAUGUUGUUAACAGACUUUUCACUUGUGAAAAUCUUCACUGAUAUUGUUUUUGUACAUUGUAUCACAUUGUAUCUAAUCAUUGAUAAUUAAUCAUAAAUCGUAAAAUAACUACUUAA